AUGCCGUUUACUCAUAACCAUAGUGUUGAACUUUGUUCCGCUGAUUGGGUGGUUUUUAAAAUUAAUGAUAAUAUAGAGCCUAAGAGUGGCGAGAAAACUUACCUCAUCAAAUCUAUUUUCAAAAAUGACUUUUAUCUUGUACUUGUUACAGAUCUACGGCGUGUGUGGUUUGAAGAAUUAAGAGGCAUUGCAAUAAUCGCACGUGCAAAAGAGAUAGAAACAGGUUUAGACACUACGGAUGAGCUUCAAUUACCAAAUUUGUUAACACUUCUCUCGGAACUUUUGAAAGUUCAAAAACAGGAUUCAACUUAUGAUUUUAAUUUAAAAACAUCAAUAAAUCUUGGAUUGGCAUCUCUUCGAUGGCUGUUUUCAUGUGAAAUGAUAUCAUCAUCACAAGAAUCUGAAAAUCUUGGAAUUAAUGUUCUUGAUGGACAAUCGGUGCUUUAUCAACACUUUAUACUACCUAUGAUGCAUGUUAUGUUAGAAUAUAGAGAACAAGCGAAUAUUUUAGAAACCAUGAUCAAGGAUAAAGAAAAUGAAGUAUCGGAGGUACUAGAAUUAUUGAAUAAGGCCAAAUCAUCCAAUGAUGAUAGAAAACACAAGACUGAGCCAUUUGAUGAAGAAAGAUUGGAUCAAAUUGCGAAAAAUAAAAUAGUUCUCCCUGUGGAUUACCCAAAUCGAAUUUUUUCCGAUUCUAAAACUCGUUUAUUUUUUAAGAAUGUUACUGAGAAAUCCAUUUCAUGGUCAUUCAUGGAUCAAGAUGUCAACCAACUAACGGAUUUGGAUUCUUCAUUUUUUUCUACAAAACGAAUCCAAAGUCCAUCUGUUCCUUUUAAUUCUCAAGCCAAUUCUAGUAUCGAUGUUGGCCAAACUUCUAAUUCAGAUGUGGACGAUUUAGCUGCAUGGGAAGUUGUUGAAUCAUCACAAUCAACUUUACAAUGUGAAACGCCUGAUGUAAAAAUGAGUUCGGAAUUUAAAGAAAUUGACCUUUUAGGACGUGAAUUAGAAAAGCGUGAACAGCUUAAGGUGAUGAUAAAGAAGGAUGGAAUGAAAAGGAGGAAAAAGAAAGUGUGGUAA